CGACGGAGAACAAUCGUCGGAGUCGGAGCAACGGACGGUUAACAUUGCUCCUCCGCCAUGUAUAAAGUAGCUGCAGAGCUCCCUUUGGAUCUCACUGCCCUCAUCUCUCCCAUCGUCUUCCUCGAGCGGCGAGAGAGAGAGAAAAGAAAAGACUAUCUGAUCUUUUCUCCCUCUCUCUCUUGCCACCGCCUCGAUUCAUUUUUUCACGCAGCGAGAUGGGAGGAUGUGCGAGCAGGCCUAAGGUUUUGAGGGACGACAUCGACGCCCCGAUCCCACUGCCGCUGCCGCGGGAAGUGGUGGUGAAGGAGGAUCGUGGCAAACAGGAGGAGGUCACCAAGGACGUGGUGGUGGGGGUGGAAGAAGCCCCCGCCGUCGCCGUCGAGGGGGAGUCCCAAUUUGAAGAUGUCGAUGGUGUUAACGCUAUCCCUUCUGUGACUGAUCACCUGUCCACUCAGGAUGAAGAGCAGAGCUCAGAAGAGGUAAAGGAGGAAUUAUUUGAAACCAAGGAAGCUUCUGAACCAUCCGAAUCCAAGCCCCAAGAACAUGAAAACCCAAUAGAAGAGCAGGAGGCACUGGAUCUCAUUGUUGUUGAUGUAUCUGUAGAAUUCGAGUCCGAAGAGACAGAAGUAGCUGCACCAAUGGCAGCCAAGGUUACAGAGGCAGAAAUAUGCAUAGAGGAGGCACUGGAUCUCAUUGUUGUUGAUGCAUCUGCACAACUCGAGCUAGAAGAGACAGAAGUAGCUGCACCAAUGGCAGCCGAGGUUCCCGAAGCAGAAACAUGCAUGGAGAGGUCAGAUACAGAAGUAGCUGCACCAGUGGCAGCAGAGGUUCCAGAGCCAGAAACAUGCAUGGAGAAGAUUGAGAUAGAAGUAACAGCACCAAUGGCAGCAGAGGUUCCAGAGGCAGAAACAUGCAUGGAGAAGACAGAUACAGAAGUAGCUGCACCAGUGGCAGCAGAGGUUCCAGAGCCAGAAACAUGCAUGGAGAAGAUUGAGAUAGAAAUAGCUGCUGCACCAAUGGCAGCAGAGGUUCCAGAGGCAGAAACAUGCAUGGAGAAGACAGAAACAGAAGUAGAUGCACCAGUGGCAGCUGAGGUUCCAGAGCCAGAAACAUGCAUGGAGAAGACAGAGAUAGAAGUAGUUGCACCAGUGGUGGCAACUGAGCUUCUAGAGCCAGAAACAUGCAUGGAGAAGACAGAGAUAGAAGUAGUUGCACCAGUGGUGGCAACUGAGGUUCCAGAGCCAGAGCCAGAAACAUGCAUGGGGAAGACAGAGACAGAAGUAGUUGCACCAGUGGUGGCAGCUGAGGUUCCAGAGCCAGAGACAUGCAUGGAGAAGACAGAGACAGAAGUAGUUGCACCAGUGGUGGCAGCUGAGGUUCCAGAGCCAGAGACAUGCAUGGAGAAGACAGAGACAGAAGUAGUUGCACCAGUGGUGGCAGUAGAGGUUCCAGAGCCAGAAACAUGUAUGGAGAAGACAGAGACAGAAGUAGUUGCACCAGUGGUGGCAACUGAGGUUCUAGAGCCAGAAACAUGUAUGGAGAAGACAGAGACAGAAGUAACAGUGGCAGUAGAGGUUCUAGAGCCAGAAACAUGCAUGGAAAAGACCGAGACAGAAGUAGCAGCACCAAUGGCAGUAGAGGUUCUAGAGCCAGAAACAUGCAUGGAGAAGACCGAGACAGAAGUAGCAGCACCAAUGGCAGCAGAGGUUCCAGAGCCAGAAACAUUCGUGGAGAAGACAAUAGAGGAUGUUAAGGAAGUAACAGAGGUUACUAGGAUGGAUGACGAAAAUCCUGAUUGGAAACUUUGGAUUGCAUCAGAAGAUGAUUUCCCAAAACCUGAAAUUGAAGCAGAAGCAGAAGAGGUUGCAGAGGAUAAUGCCCCCAAAACCGAGAUCGAGACUUCUCUGGAGGAGAAGAUUGAAAGAAACCAAAUAAUAACUGAUGAGAAACCUCAGGAGACAGAAGGAGAAGUUGAGAAACCUCAGGAGAAGAAAACACAAGGAGAAGAAACAGCAGCAUUAGAGACAACUGCGACUGCUCCAACAACCAAUGAAUCAAAGAAGCCUUCAAAAAAACAGUAUUGGCACAUUGGUAAACUUCUCAGUUUUGGUAAAGCCAAAUGAGAGUAUACAACUAAGUAAACUCUCCUUCUUGUAUCAAUGACUGAACUCAUUCCCUAUAAAUUUUGUUGCACAACAGAAUGUCAUUUGAUAUUCCUAGGUGCCCACCACCAUUUUGUCACCAGUACCAAUUUUGAAAGUGAAAUGAAAAGCUAUUGGAACUGUUUUCUUGAAUGGAAAUUUUCCUAUUAGUGCUGAA